CAAAAAAAAAAAAAAACGAAAAACGGUUUUUGUUUAUUGAAGUAAAUUGAGUGCCCGCUGUUUGUAUGUAAAAUAAAGAGUAGCUCUUCGUUGGCGGCCUACUUGCAAAUUGCACGUGCAUUACCUAGUUAUUUAUAACAUAUUUCCAAUUCAAGCAGUUCAGCAAGUAAAAGUGAAAUUUCUUCGAAUGACAGCAACAAAACAAUGCAAAGUGAAAGAGAAAAUGAAAUGCCAAUAAGCAGCGUUAAAGAGGGGAAAGGGAUAUACAAGCAAUAACUGUAAAUGUUCAAAUAUUUGGGCACAUUGCAAGCCCAAAAUGAGCGCCCCCACAACAACACUGGCACUGAGCACCGACUACAGCAGCAGCAGCAGCAACAAUAAUAAAUAUACAAAAAUUAACACAUUCAGAUAUGCAAACAACAUUAACAUGCACAUGCACAAAUACAAAAAAACCAUUAUGGAUGAUUCCAUGGUACACAUCGGCUCAGCCUCCACCUCCUGCUCAUCCCUGGCCUCGCCACAGCUGAUCAAGAGCAACAGCUACAGCGGCACAAGCACGCGUUACCCCCUCGAAGCUAACGGUAGCUGUUGUGACAUGGACGCCAGCGAGUGCAUCCCAGCAACAGCUGUCGACGGCGACAGCUGUGCAGAGAUUGCGAAUGAGGAGAGCAGCGAAUUGGAUGCGUUUCUUAUAAAUCCCGCCAGCAGCGCUAGCAAUCGACGCUAUCAGAGUCGCUCCUCCUGCUCCUCCUGCUUGCGUCGCAACUCCUGCUGGCUGCGCGCGCACGCCUUUAUCAUGCGCAACUGGUAUCUCAGCUAUUUGGUGCCCAUUGGGCUGCUGGGCAUUAUUGUCAUUGCCGGCUAUCUAACGCGCAACUAUGCCAAGGAGCUGCUCUUCUGGAUCGAGACACAGAAUCGCUGGCUAAUCUUUGUCAUCUUUAUGGCGCUCUUCACACUCGUCAGCUUCCCCAUUGUCGUCGGCUACCUUGUGCUGCUGAUAACUGCUGGUUACCUGUUCGGCUGCUGGAGAGGCUGGCUAACGGUAUUGCUCGGCGCCAACGUGGGCAUAGCCAUAGCCCAUGCGACCAUACGCAGCUGUCGGCAUCGGAUAGCCGUGCACAAACUGAUCAAAAAUGAGACUGGACGAGCUAUACUGCGCGUUAUAUCUGGACCCAAGGCGUUUCGGGUGGUGCUCUUCACGCGUCUAACGCCCAUACCAUUCGGAUUGCAGAAUGUCAUCUUUGGAAUCAGUUCGAUUAAAGCGCGGGACUAUCAUCUGGCCACAUUUCUGGGCCUGUUGCCUGCCCAAACGAUAAAUGUUUAUCUCGGCUCCACGCUGCGCUCCAUGCACGAGGUGCUCAAUGAUCACAAUACCAAACUGACGGGCUACAUUAGCUUCGUGAUCGAGGUAAUUUGUGGUCUCGCGCUCAUGUUUUGGGUGGUGCACAAGGCACGCAAGGAGCUGUCGGAAACGUUGCUCUCGUCGGAGUACAUCAAUGAUGGCAAACCCAUUGAUAUACAGGUCUAGCCAACGGAGAUCGGGCUCCU